AACAUGCUGUGGAUUGAUAAAUAUAGACCAACAUCAUUGGAGCAGAUGGAUUACCAUCAAGACAUCUCCCAAAACCUUAUCAAUAUGGUUAAGGGAGGUGACUUUCCUCACUUAUUGGUAUAUGGACCAUCGGGCGCAGGCAAGAAGACAAGAGUGAUGGCAAUAUUGAAAGAGAUCUAUGGUCCAAACUGUCUAAAGAUAAAGAUUGAGCAUCGUACAUUCAAACAUCCAUCAACUAGCAAGAGUAUCCAGGUGACCACAGUCGGAUCACCCUAUCACAUCGAGGUCAACCCCGGUGAGGCUGGCAACAACGACCGUCUCGUCAUUCAAACCAUCAUCAAAGAGAUCGCUCAAUCACCUCCAAUCGAUGCUCAACAGUUUGGUAACUUUAAAGUUGUCGUAUUGAAUGAGGUUGACAGACUAUCAAAGGACGCACAACAUGCACUCAGAAGAACAAUGGAGAAGUAUGCAGCAUUCUGUAGAUUGAUCAUGUGUUGCGAUAGUACUUCAAAGGUGAUCGAUCCAAUUAGGAGUAGAUGUCUGGGCGUACGCAUCCCAGCACCAACGUCUGAGGACAUCUCUCGCGUGUUGGAACUGGUGGCCAAGAAGGAGCGAUUCGACUUGCCCAAGGACGUGUCAAAGUCGUGCGCCGAGCGAUCAAAUGGCAACCUACGUUACGCACUUCUCCUGCUAGAGUCGAUGAAGGCCAAGCAAUAUCCAUUCACAUCGAACGAGCUGCCACUAUUGGAUUGGGAGAAUGCCAUCCAGCAGGUGGCCAACGAUGCCAUCAUGGAGCAGACACCAGCCAAGCUACAACAGAUCCGUGCCAAGCUCUAUGAGCUGAUAGGUCAUUGCAUCCCAGCCGACCUCAUCAUGAAGCAUGUGACACUGAACAUCCUCGAGAAGAUUGAUACACAGAUCAAGUGUGAAGUGAUCCAAUGGGCUGCCUUUUAUGAGCAUAGGAUUCAAAUUGGAACCAAACCAAUAUUCCAUCUGGAAGCAUUCCUGGCCAAGUUCAUGUCCAUCUACAAGAAGUUCAACAAGGACAUG